GGGGGGGCGCGGAGCCGGGCUCCGGGCCGGCCGGGCUCCGCGCCUGUCAAACCCCUCAUUGUUCGCAGCUGAUGUCACUCGCAGUUGUGAGCGGCCGCCUCUCCCGGGGACAAUGUGGGACUGAGCGGCCCAGCCGCCGCGCCACCGCCGCCGCAGGACAGCCCCAGCGAGAGCCAGCCAGGCCGCAGCGUGGACGUGGACGCACUCCCAGGCCGCCGCGGCCGCAGCCCCGCCUGACAGGAUGAGCAGCUCAGAUGCGGGGCUGGAGGAGGAGCCGGAGCUCAGCGUCACCCUCACGCUGCGGAUGCUGAUGCAGGGGAAGGAGGUGGGCAGCAUCAUCGGGAAGAAAGGAGAGACCGUAAAGCGGAUCCGGGAGCAGAGCAGCGCCCGGAUCACCAUCUCUGAGGGCUCCUGCCCCGAGCGCAUCACCACCAUCACCGGGUCCACGGCGGCGGUCUUCCACGCGGUCUCCAUGAUCGCCUUCAAGCUGGAUGAGGACCUCUGCUCUGCUCCCGCCAACGGCGGGACCGUCUCUAGGCCUCCAGUGACCCUGCGCCUGGUCAUCCCUGCUAGCCAGUGUGGCUCGCUGAUCGGGAAGGCCGGCACCAAGAUCAAGGAGAUCCGAGAGAGCACAGGUGCCCAGGUGCAGGUGGCAGGGGACCUGCUCCCCAACUCCACAGAGCGUGCUGUCACCGUGUCCGGGGUGCCUGAUGCCAUCAUCCUGUGUGUGCGCCAGAUCUGCGCUGUUAUCCUGGAGUCCCCACCCAAAGGAGCCACUAUCCCGUAUCACCCAAGCCUCUCUUUAGGUACCGUCCUCCUCUCCGCCAACCAGGGCUUCUCCGUCCAGGGUCAGUAUGGGGCUGUGACCCCAGCCGAGGUCACUAAGCUCCAGCAGCUCUCGGGCCACGCAGUCCCCUUUGCCUCACCGAGCAUGGUGCCAGGACUGGAUCCUGGAGCGCAGACCAGCUCACAGGAAUUCUUGGUUCCCAAUGACCUGAUUGGCUGCGUGAUCGGACGCCAGGGCAGCAAGAUCAGUGAGAUAAGGCAGAUGUCAGGGGCGCACAUCAAGAUCGGGAACCAAGCGGAGGGCGCCGGCGAGCGGCACGUGACCAUCACUGGCUCGCCGGUCUCCAUCGCCCUGGCUCAGUACCUCAUCACUGCCUGGGCCACCGCCGGGCCUGGCGGCCUACACUGCCAAGAUGGCAGCGGCCAAUGGGAGCAAGAAAGCCGAGCGGCAGAAAUUCUCGCCCUACUGAGGCCGGCGGAGGCGCGGGCGCGGGAGCGGGCAGGACCGCCGGCAGGGGCUGCCUCCGCACCCGACCUGCCAAGGAGCCUCCAGCCUGGGGCCCCAGACACCACUAAUGCCCAGAAGCAUGGACACCCUGCCUGGCCCCGGUCUGUGGGAGUUCCUGUGCUCAGAGCGGGGGCAGUUUCUGGCCCAGGGUUCUGGGAGAUGCGGCUGCCCCAGGAAGGGGGCUCCGCCCCCUCUAGCUCUGUGCUUGGAUGCAGGGAGCAUCCUCAGUCCCCCCAGUUUGGGGGUCACUCAUGCACUCCCCAUCCCUUAGGGCUUCCCAGCCUACUGCCCCCUUGUGGGGAUCAGGGAGGAGGGCUGGGGGCCAAGCUUCUCUCCCCACCUCCCCGCAGAUUCCUGCUGCUUCCACCGAUACCUUUUUGACUGGAAUGGACUGGCUGGGCUUGGCAGAGCGCAACCCAAAGCGGGGGCGCUGCCAGGCAGCUGGGGAGUCACCUGGGGCAGGGCUGAGUUCUCAGCAGCAGACACUCUGUACAGUUUUUUCAAUCCCUGUUUUUGAAUAAAUAUUCUGAGA